AUGUCCUUAAUGUAUGAAAAAAUGUUCUCGCCCCUAUCUCUGGGGUUUACAACUUUGCGCAAUCGUAUAGUUAUGGGAAGUAUGCACACCGGAUUGGAGGAUUUAAAGAAAGACAGGAUCGAGAGGAUGUGUGAUUUUUAUGGUGAAAGGGCCAAAGGGGGAUGUGCGUUGAUUGUUACAGGUGGUUUCUCCCCUAACUUUGAGGGAAAACUGAAUCCUUUUGCGCCUUGUAUAUCUUCUAAAUCUCAUGCUUUGGAAUAUAAGCCUGUUGCCGAUGCCGUCCAUAGAGAAGGGGGAAAGAUUGUAAUGCAAAUACUGCAUGCUGGACGAUAUGCUUACAGUCCAUUGUGCGUGGCUCCUUCUGGUAUACCCAGUCCUAUUUGGCCUUUUAAAGGAUAUCACCUUCGUCCAAUCGCUUUACCAAAGGUUUGGAUAAAUAAAACUAUCAAGGAUUUUGCGAGGGCGGCUGCUCUUGUAAAAGAGGCCGGUUUUGAUGGUGUAGAAAUUAUGGCUUCUGAAGGAUAUUUGCUAAAUGAAUUUAUUGUAAAGCAUACAAACAAACGGACGGAUGAAUAUGGGGGUUCAUACGAAAAUAGAAUGCGUUUCCCACUUGAGGUCUUGCGAGGUGUUCGGAAUGCAGUGGGAAAGGAAUUUAUUAUUAUAUUUCGUCUCUCAAUGUUGGAUUUGAUCCCAAAUGGGUCAACGCAUGAAGAAGUUUGCAAAUUAGCUGAAGAAGUUGCAAAUUCAGGUGCCGAUAUUAUUAACACCGGAAUUGGUUGGCAUGAAGCACGGGUUCCUACUAUCGCAACUUCUGUUCCUCGAGCUGGUUUUACAUGGGUUACGGCAGCUUGCCGAAAAUAUCUGAGAAGUAAAGGGAUUUCCAUUCCUUUUAUGACUGCUAAUCGGGUGAACCACCCAGAUGUGAUUGAGCGAGUUUUAAGUAAAGAUGCUGAUCUUGUUGCCAUGGCCCGUCCUUUUUUGAGUGAUCCUUUUUUUGUUAAAAAAACCGAGGAAGGGAAUGUGCAUAACAUCAAUAUUUGUAUUGCAUGCAAUCAGGCUUGUUUGGACCAUAUUUUUAAAGGCCAAAUUUCAUCUUGUCUUGUCAAUCCAACAGCGUGUCAUGAAAAAGAACGUGCUGUUAUUCCUACCAAGCAGAAGAAACGGAUUGCAGUUAUCGGUGGAGGACCGAGUGGCGCUUCUUGUGCUUUGGUUUUGGCACAACGAGGACAUGAAGUAACAAUUUAUGAGAAGGAGGAUUGUUUGGGUGGCCAGUUUAAUCUUGCAAAAAAAAUUCCAGGUAAGGCGGAAUACGAGAGUAGCAUUAGAUACUGGACUCAUUCCUUGACUACAUUAAAUAAUGUAAAGCUUCAUCUAAAAACAGAAGUGGAUGCUUCAUUAUUGAAUAAGACUGCUUAUGACGAAGUUAUAGUAGCAACUGGUUGUCUUCCAAAGCCCAUUAAAAACUCUGUCAUAAAAGGUGUGGAAGGUCUGAAAAAUGUUUUUUCGUAUGUUGACGUGCUUUCCGGUAAGGCUCAUGUGGGUGAUCGAGUUGCAAUAAUUGGCGGUGGUGGUAUUGGUUUUGAUGUUGCUUACUUUCUUGUUGAAAAUCAUGAUUUGCUAGGAUGUACGGGAUACCAAAAGGAAAAUCUCGAACAGUUUGCGAAACGUUGGGGUAUUGAUCUUGAAAUUGCUAGCCCAGGUGGGUUAAGGAAACCGAAUAUUGGUCAGUCAGCUCGUGCUGUUACGAUGUUACAACGAAGCACAGGUAAAAUGGGACGACGUUUGGGAGCCACAACAGGCUGGAUUCAUCGUCUGGAGCUUCGUUCCCAUAAUGUAAAACAAAUAAUUGGUGUUACUUAUGAUUCUUUUGAUGGAAAAACUUUGUCUUACAGUAUUGGUGAUAAAAAGCAUAAUUUAGAUGUAGAUUCAAUUGUUUUUUGCCAUGGUCAGCAAUCUGAUCAACGGCUUCUCAGUGGUUUGCAAAACGUGAAAUAUCAUUUAAUAGGCGGGUGUUUCGAGGCUGCAGAAUUGGACGCGAAGCGAGCUAUAUUGCAGGGCCACGAAUUGGCCUUGAAGAUAUGA